CUUAGGCUCCACGAGACGGACAUGCAUGACGGAACGCGCACGAGCGGCCAAGAAAAGCUCCGAACAUGCACGCCGAUAACGAGAAAAUGACACCAAACACGUGCUGUCAUAUUUAGCUGGUCUGGAUCCAAAAUUAAUUGCCAGCGUAAUCUUAGUCGCUCACCGGAGUGGCUUGCUAACAGCCUGUUUGUGUUUGCACCCUGCAGUCAGUUGCUGGGGACGCACGUUGUAAAAUGAGGUUUGGAAGCAUCAUUGUAUUCGUCGCUCUCUGCUCUUUCACCGCUUAUUAUAUUUAUGAGCCCAUUCCUGAGGAGAUAGAAGAGAGAUGGAAACUCAUGCUGACCAACUCUUUCUUCAGAAGUCUCAGCCACCUGGCAGACCUCAGUGAAUUACUGGGGCUGAAGGACUACAUGGGGGUAAUGUACUUCAUCACUCUGGCUGAAAAGGUAGUGCCUGUGUCUGACGAGCAUGUCAAGGUGACAGAGGAGAAAUUUGAUGGCGUGGAGGUGGUGCUGUACCAGCCAAAGCAGAAGGACGGUAACACUGAGCUCAGGAGAGCGGUCAUAUACCUGCACGGUGGAGGAUGGUGUCUCGGUAGUUCCCGGAUGAGUCCAUAUGAUCUCCUGGCCAGAAAAAUUGUCACCGAGCUGGAUGCAGUGGUUCUUUCUGUAGAGUACCGACUGGCCCCUGCUCACCACUUCCCUGUCCCAUACGAGGACGUAUACCGUGUGGUCAAACACUUCCUCCAUAAGGGGGUGCUGGCUCAAUACUCUGUGGACCCAGGACGCAUUGCCGUGUCUGGAGAUAGUGCUGGGGGGAACCUGGCAGCUGCUGUAUCCCAGCAGUUACAAAAAGAGCCUGGACAGCAGGUUCAGUUGAAGGCCCAAGCACUCAUCUACCCCGUACUGCAGGCUCUGGAUCUUAACACGCCUUCCUAUCAGCAGAAUCAGGACAUGCCCAUUCUGCCCCGCACCCUCAUGGUGCGUUUCUGGAGUGAGUACUUCACCAGCGACAGGGCCCUUUUCAGAGCCAUGAUGGCCAACACCCACAACAACCCCGAGUCUUCCAGCCUGCUGAAGUUUGUCAACUGGAGCGCCUUUCUGCCAGAAACGUAUCGUAGAAAAUACAACUAUAGUGCUCCUGCUGUGGUGCAGGGAGUCGGAGGGGAGGCAGUUGGGACGGAGGGACCAUCUCGAUCUCUUGCUGACCCGAGGGCAUCCCCCCUGCUGGUUCCAGACACUGACUUGCGCUCUCUGCCAAAGGCCUACAUUCUGACAUGUGAGUAUGAUGUUCUCCGAGAUGACGGGAUCAUGUAUGUCACACGGCUCCGUUCUGCUGGUGUUGAGGUGACGCAUGAACACUAUGACACAGGAUUUCAUGGAGGGCUGAUGUUCACCGUGUGGCCAACUGACUUCCUGAUUGCACGUCGUAUGACAGAAAACUAUAUCAAAUGGCUCGAGGAAAACUUGUAAAAAACUCUUGACUAUGAAUAAUCAUUCCAGUUUUUCCACACAACGCACCAGAGUUUGGUUACGUUAAAACGUUUCCCAUCUGGUGUUUAAGUUUUUGUUGUUGAUUUCUUUUACUUUGGUCAUGCUAAUCAUCUGUAAAUAUAUUGGGAAAUAUAUAAGCUUCUUCUGUUAUUCCACUCAUGGAGUUUACCACAUUAGAUACUCUUGUUAUAAUAGUUUGUUCACAUACAGUAAGGUGAUUUGAGUAAAACACAUGUGACACGACCACUCAAGUAUUGGACUUGAUUGUAGUCUUGUAUUGUAGUUCAUUGUCCAACAAGCACAACACUACCCGGAGAGAUCUGAGGGGAAACAUCAAACUGCUUUGUUGGCUGCUAAUUCUUGUUUCCCAUCACAGGACAUUGUACCUGAUCUUAUAUCCAUUGCAUCAGUAUCAAAACUGUAAAUUAGCAAUGCAUGCCACAAAAUAAAUCUAUCUAUCUAGAGCUAUCCUCUUUGGGGUUUUAAGAAUCAAGUGGACGUCUUAACAAAGGAGGAAAGUAUUUUCACAACAGCAAAAACAUAAAGUUAACACUGAGUGCAGCUGAUAUUGUAACCUAAGAUUGCUUCGAUGUGUUUGCAAAACUAUAACUCUUGCGUAAUGUUUCCUAGCAUUGCAUCAAAGAUCGUCAAGUGGUAUCCUGUUAAAUACAGCAACACAGGGAGAUGCUUGCUGGUAUGAUAAAUGAUUUAAAUUGCAGAGUGAAUGGUAUUUUUUAACAGCACAACAUUUAAUUGCAGCUAGUCUCAUUUCCACAUACUUUCAGGAGUUACAAAAAUAUUAUUUCAAACCUUGUCGGCUUUGUAAUGGCUACACACAAUGAUAUUUGAUGAGCCACAUUCUAUACAGAAUAUUGGUAUUUAUGAGUAAAGAUCAUGCAGUAACAAUGUGCAUAGACACCAAACAUUAAUCACACAUUGCAUCCACACUUUGUUGUGAUUGGGCUUAGCUGAAUGUAGAAAGAUGGCAAAGAGAGGGAUAAUGGAAUUUGGUCAACAUUUUAUUUGGAGCAUUAAUAGCUACAAGUUUCAAGUGAUCAAGUGAGUUCCCUAUAAUAAGAUGUAUAGGGGUGUGUGUGUGUGUGUGUGUGUGUGUGUACUACCCCCUGUUUUGUUCAAGCAGGAUUGUAUUGUAGUGUGAGUAAACAGCUGUGGUAAAGUUGACCUACUUGUUAACAAUAAAUACGCUACUAUAACUCCCAAUAUAGACCUGCCUUUGUGUAAUGGAUAUAGGCAAUGACCCAACGGCUGCCAGUGCCAGUUUCAUGAUGAAAUGUGUAACAUUUAACAGUGUGUAGGCGAGUUUCUACGUCUGGACUGUAUGCCUGUUUCUGUUUGUGUAGGUAUGUCUUCAGUGUAUUAGUCCUCAGUCAUCGUUUAGUCCCUGAACUGAAUGUGGUUGCAUUUAUGUUUUCUAAAGCCCAACAAUCAUAGGCUUGAAACCUUUCACUUGUCUCUCCUUGAUCUUUCUGUGUGUGGGCGGCAUCACCCUGUGACUUCUCAGCACGGCUAUUUAAAAGAUAACAGGGAGGUAAAGGUUACCUAAAAGUAAUACUUUAUAUGAAUGUCUCUGUUCUUUAAUGUCUCACUGUUUCUAAAGCUUUGCUGUUCCAAAGAGUCACAGUUGAUAUGAAACUUGUCGAAGUCACCAUGUUUAGGCAUACCAUUGCGCACCAUUCUCAUUUUUACAAAGAAAAUACAGUAUCACGUAAAGUAUUUAACUUUUUAAUCAAGUGACAGUUUGAUUCCUUCCUGGACAAGUUAGAAUUUGCAUCCUUUUUUUUUUUUUUUGAAUGUUAUCUGUCAAUAAAUCGACUCGACCUGUAACGAAUGAUUAAUUGUAUUUGUGUGUGUGCAAUCACAUAGCGUAUCAAGAGAGAAAGACAUUCUGAAUAAACUGACUCACUUUGCACCACAGGUGACGCACCACUAUGUCCACAGACCCACAUGUAAACACACCUACUCACAUUCUAUCCAAGAGGUUGUAAAAAAAAACAAGCAGAGUUUUAUAUCUCUGGAUAGCAAAGAGUAUGAUGCAUGAUUGCGAACAAACCAUUUAUAGAGAGGGAUGAUACAAAUAGGUCAACCUCGUACAUCAGGACAUGUUAAACACAACAAUCCACGCCUCCUGGGUAUAGAGUGGACUAUUUAUGUGCUACACUAUGCUGGUCAUAUUCCUCUAUAUGCUGGCCUUGUGUUCAGGUGUGUGUGCAUGUACUUAAUGUGUAUAUGCACUUAUUAAUAAACCUCUGGAU